ACGCACCAGCAGGGGAUUUUUAUAUAUGCGUGAAGAUCAUGGUCUAGUACUAGUAUUUUGUCUUUCUGUUUGGCUUUAUUCCUGCGGUUAGAUAGAGGGUUACUAGAUCAGGUUAGUACUAACUGAAUAUGAUUGACAAGAACGUUGGCGUUCUGACUGAAAAAAGCAAAAUGCGGUACAGCUACAUCAGGAAUCCGGCCGAGAUGAAAAAGCGGCCUCGUCGCGGGUCGGCUGUCGUUCCUACAGCUUUGUUGGGUAGUUUUUACAACUUCCACGAGCAGGUCUUCCUCCACCAUCUGACCCCGCAGGCUGGUGUCGGUGUCAUCAACAUCAACUUCGCAACCGCGACAAACGUAUGGAUUGCAAAAAUGUCUGGGUCUGGAAGAUUCUGACAUUUGUCAUGCAUUUCUGACAUGAUUCAAGAAUCUGUAUUGCAUGGGCACGAAAUAAGCCUCUCCUACCUGUCAUGCAAAAACGCAGCUUCUCAUGCGGAAUACGCAACGCAUAGCAGCUCAAAAAUUUGUCAUGCUUGGCUGCGUUUUGCAGUCCGGCUAUCAUCCACUUGUAGCAUCACAAGUUUCCAGACCCAUACAUUUUUGCAAUGCAUAAAACGUGGCGGAGGCGACGCACAAGCGGCGGUUUCGGAAGACCACACACGACGGCAGCUACGUGGAAAGUAGCGACAUUGUGGCAACAAACCCUGGUAGUUCUCAUGCGGCAGCUGCUAGUACGAAAACGAAAACCACGACCACCUCUGUUGAUGAGAACAAAAGGAGCGGCGCCGCGGACGACCUUGACGAAUCUUCCUCACAACUCAAGAAGAUGAACAGCAGGGAGAACGGCGCACCGGAGUUUCUCCUUGAGCCUGCUGCCAGUAGUACAUUGGCGGUCCUAUCGUCGGACGGUGAAGUGGCUGUGGAGGGUGUCGGGAAUUCUACGUCCGCGACUCUGGCGGCUAGCACUUCCACCCCCGAGGAUGCUGAUGACCUUCACCUCUCGAGCCAGGAGAAGGCCGCGGUAGAGGAGUUGCAGAAACUGUCCCCGCAAGAGCAAGAAGCGAUCGUCGCUGCGGCACCCGCGCCGUUGCCGGUUUCCCCGGACGAGAUGGAGUGGUAUCGCAUCUUCGGUCCUGUAUUCUGAGUAAAAACGUCCCACCCCAGAGUUGUCAUGCAAAUCUGCAUGCCAAAAAGGUUUCUCACGCGGAGCCCCAUGAGAGCCAUUUUCUAGUUGUGUUUUGGGAUUUGCGAUGCUAGAAUCAGCAUGAUAUGCCAGAUCUGUGAUGCUUCGGAACUAGCUAAAGAGGAUUCGGUACACCACAAGGACAAACUUGUCCUGCGAAACAUCCAAAGCCGGGAAGAUGGGAGGUGGGGCUUACCGUCUUCAGACAGGCCAGCCGCCGUGAGGGACUACCGCCUCUGUUAUUGAGGAUAGCGCGCGUCCUCCUCGACUGAGUUGCGUGCGCGGCCCGUCCGUGUUCCGCGUAAAUCUCUACAGGAGAGUGCGCGCCGCGUCGAAAGGCUCCCUUCCGUGCGGAGCGCCCCGAACCCGUUUUCGCGCACCUUUAUGAUGGCCUUACUGUUAUAAGGAGUCAGAUCAGUUUGUAGCACCCAAUCUGUUUAUGCUAGCAAAGGGCUAGUGCGCUGUGGACCCCCGGGAUCAGGCUGACGAGGCCCCGACCGAAGUGGUGGGCGCUUAGGGUGAACUAUGUAUGUAGCGCUUAGGGCCCUUCCGUACGGCCAUUUGUAUGUCCCACAACGGGGCUCGCCUAAGUCGGUCAUUUGUAUGCAAGGCGUUGGGUUACCCGGUCGGCAGAGCCGAUCCACAACGAACGAAGAUUUCCCAUCUUGACUGUGGUGCGGGGACGUUUUUACUCAGGAUACGGCGGCACCAAGCCCACUGAGCGGCUGGAAGCACAACAAUUCGCGCGAGCGGCACAGCUGCAAAGGUUGUUGGAGCGGCAAAGGAACGCGCCGCAGCUAAGUCCACCGUUGUUGAGCCGAGACGCCUCCGCUCUCGCAGCCCCGCGGUGGCGGCGCACGGACAAUGUGACCGCUCUGGAGCUCGUGGCCUACCGCCGCCUGUUCGCCGAAAAGGCGCGGUCGGGCUUCCUCGGCAUGCUGCACGGCUUUACCUACCCCUACGACGUUUAUUUCGUCGACAAAGAUGGCCGAGAAACAGACGAAAACUUGUUUUUCAAGCAACGGCUCACGCUUUUGCCCGGCGGGCGGAGGGAUAAUUUUCUCCCGAACCGAUUCCUCACGCGCGCCUACACGGAGGAACAAGUGCCGAUUGAUGCCAGUGGCCACGCGGGGAACAACGAGAUGAAAAUCGAGCAUCCCUUUCUCUACGUGCAACGCAGAACGAUGCUGGAUCACGACAAACUAGAAGAUCCAUCAGACUUCUCCGGGAGCACGGCGACCGGAGCAUCUUCCGCGAACAAAACCUUUCAGACCGAGGGUUUGGCGCAGAGGGUCGCGCGGAACACACGCAAUGUGGGGCUGCAGCUGACCGGGCUGCGGAACUUGGGCACGAGCGGCAGCAUCUGGGAGUUCGUGUCCAGCGAACCCAGUUACCCGGGACAGUCGCCGAUAUCUGCGCCGAGCGAAGUGCAGGUGUUUGACGGACUGCAGCCACACUAUGGAGUUCUCAAAUGUUACAUUCUCAACCGUUACAUGAAUUUGUAAUGCAAGAACGGCAAAACCAAAAGCGAAAGGGGGAAGAUUGCGCCUUUUGCAUUUUACAGAUUUGGCGCAGAUUUAGAUGCUGUCUAGCCCUUCGGAGCUUUGUCAUGCGAAGCAGCUUAAUCGUGGCGAAGAUCUUGCUGGUAAAUUUGCAUGACAAAUCAUGUCACAGUUGAGAAAGGCACGUUUGAGAACGCCAUACGCACGCAUACCGUUUCGGAUACAUGCAAUGGAUCAAGGUACUGUACUGAUCACUUCCAUGUAUACUUCUAUCUAAACUGGUCUCUCAGAAGAUGCCUUCGUCGUAGUUGUGGUUCUGAUGAGAUACUGCAAAAUUAUGUUGGAAUGUACUACGGAAAAAAACAAAAAUCAUGCAAAUUAUACCUGGAGAAGCAAGCUGAAACAAAACCCAACCAGGUUCCCGAGGAUGCCGAUGGGUACCCGGUCGAAAACUGGAAGCACUGGGGGUAUGCCGCGGAGUGGUUUUUCUAUCGCUACGCAGCGGAAGACGAAGAAGACACUCUUCGUGUUGGCGAGAACUCCGGCCACGGCCUAUUGCAGUGAAAAAUGCCCCCACCCGCAAAGUUGCAAUGAUUUGGGAUGCGAAGUUUCCAAAUGAAAACUUCUUGUCAUGCAUGAAAGGAGUAUGAAUCUUUCUCUUCUGAUGCACCAGAGUCUAGCCGGCUAUCGCAUCGCUUGCAUCACAAGCGUCGCUCUUGCUGGGAUCUUUCGCAAUACAAAUUUUCCCUAUUCACGACGGGAAAUCUGUGAUGCUGAUAGAUGCAAGAGGGCGAAUGUUUCAUUUGGAAAGGUUUGCAAUAGCCAAGAGAACUAUAGUACUUGCAGCAACUAGGGUCAAACCUGGAACCGAAGAAGGCUCAAAGAAGGCUACUUGCUUUAUUUCUGAAAUCUGAAUGCUACUGUGGUGCAGACUAGGCUCAAACCUGGGCCAAGAAGGAUCAAAUCUCUAGAGAUGACCUUUUUUUUCUAAUUUUUUUUGGUGAAUCACCACGCUACUGCGAAAAAAGAUUGAUAACGAUUCGGGCGAACGCCUCUAGAGCUCGAAAACCUGUAGAGCUCAAUCUCUAGAGCUGAAUCUCUACAGCUGUUUGGUGAUGCUCUAGAGCCUAAGCUCUACAGCUUCCGCCUAUAGCGAGCAUCUACAGCUCGACAGCCAAAAGCCUUUUUUUUUUGAUGUUUUUGACACUGAGCAACCGCAGCUACCCGGCCGAUCCGCUGCCCCUGGUGCUUGCCUAGGAAACCGAGCACAGAAACAACGAACCAACCACAGUGGUGCUGUGGCUAACACAUCAGAAACAGCCAGCCGCAUGGCUGUUGCCUCCAUGGCCAUGCUGUGAGGUGUGGCCGCCGGCACCGAGAGUAAAACUCAAAAACACCCCUGGCAGCCGUGCCUCUUACUUAGAUUUGUUGGGAGGCAACCACCAGCAGUUGCGUGGUCCUGCUACUUGCUACAGGGUAUCGGCAGGUUGCAGCGCUUUCUUUCCACGCCGGGCGACCACCUGCUACGACGAGUACCAGCGCGACGGCCAGGAGUCGCAUCUAAAAAAAAAGCCUACCUGCGGACCCCAAGGGCUCGCGUUCUCGCCCUAGCUGCCUGCGCUUGCUGGGUAGCUGAAGUAGAAAGAGGGGACGCCGCCCGGGGGCGCGGGUCUGCUUUACAUUUCCUAGAAGGUAGGAGGCACGGCUACCGUGCCGCGCACCAAGCUAGCGGAAGCGCGUGCCCUUAUCUACCUCUACCUGACCCGGCUUUUGGCACUACAGAGGCCGGCCGGAUCUGGCGCGCUAGGCGUUGGGCUGCAGUUGGUGGGCCGGUCGCUCUACUGGCCGCCAUUUCUUAUUCGUUUUAUGUUGCUGGCUACGCGUGCUCUUCCUUUUUGUUUUCGUAUGUAGUGAGGUCACCGAACGGCUCUAACCAGGGAGUUUUUUUGACAGCCAGACAGCAAAACGGCCGUCAGUUUUCACGCGGCCGGAAGCGUUUUUUGACAUAAAAAAUUUCCAAUUAUCAAGCGGGCGGGGCUUUGAAGUCAAACAAGCCCGGUCGAAAACUAUCGGUUCGCACUUGAUAAAACGACGCAGGGGAGCCGGCAAAAGGGGCGCCCUUCUGAGGCGCCCACCGCCUUGGUUUCUGGCGGUUUGGGCCGCCAAAAAAGGGGCGCGCAAAAAACUCGCCCAAAAUCAGAACAGCGAAACAGCAUGGCACGGCCGCGAUUUUGGAGCAUUUUGGGCGGCCGCGAAAGCGGCCGCCUUUUCGCCGGUUUCGGAGCCUGGGAAGCUUUGCAAAAAGCGCCGGCGGGAAAAAUAAAGACGCAAAAAAGAAAAAGCGCGCCAGACGCGCAGAGCCAAUCCGCAUGCUACGGGCCCGAUUUCCCCUCGCUUUUUGGACGCCCCCCGUGGCGCCCGGAUCGGCCCCAUAGCAUGGGGGCUGGCUUUCGGAAAGGAAUAUCGGAAAUUUGCCAAAAUUUGCGACGCUUACCAAGCGGCCGCCAUACCGUGCGGCCUAACGUUACUCACGGCGGUAUGGCGAGCCCAGAAAAAGCAAAGCCGCGGCCAAGGCGGCGGCCGGCAAGAAAACGCCCACGACCUCACUACCCCCGCCCCGGCGGCUAUUUUGUACUUUGUUGCCAUCAAGCUGUUUGCCAUCAUCGCGCGGCGUUAGUGCGUCGGCUGCCCUUCCGGGAACAGCCAGCCCCAAAGAAAGUACGCUCCAGCUCUUCAACCAAGCCUCUUCGAACUGUUUCUAGUUGCUGCAGUACUGCUUUUCUAUUGUUAUGCGCAGAUCCCCGCGCCGUUGUGCCUGCACGGCGGCGCGAGCCCCAAAUACUAAUGCUCCCAAGUAGUUCGAAGGUGGGGGCAUUUUUCAUUGCAAUACGGCCAGCUGCCCUACAGCCGGCAGAAGCACCCGGGUGACUGGGUGUACCGAAUCGAAAUGCCGGAGUGGCUCAACCAACGAGCAUUCAGCCUCGCGAGCGCCUUCCACCGCCCAGUCCUCGUCAUGAGGGUAUGGAUUGCAAAAAUGUCUGGGUCUGGAAGGUGGUAACUUGUGAUGCUGCAUCUGGAUGUCUAAAAAAUUUCUGUUGCAUGAGCAGCAAAAAGAUUCCAGUUUUUGCUACGCGGGGAGGGCAUUUGUCAUGCGGAAUAGGCAUCAAGAUUCCCUCAGAAAACCUGUGAUGCUAGGGCAUGCAUCACAGACAUCAUGGCUCAUGCAAACCGUGCAUGACAAGACUCAGAAUCUUCCAGACCCAGACAUUUUUGCAUUUGAUAGAGGGAUCGGAAAGACAAUUUGAUCGCGAAGCUGGAGUUACGCAUAAUGCAAAAGCAUCGCGCACUACUUGUACAACUACGUAUGGAUGAAUUCCAUCACAUAAACUUACAGUCUAAAGUUGGAACGUCAAAUUUGUAAUGCUGAUUUACGUUUUCUUCUUAUCUUAGAAGAACCCUCGAUGAACAACAUGCAUGCAUGACUGCGGAUUAAUAUAGUCGGAGUGCGACGAUCCUUUUGCAGCGUAUAUGAGUACGUCGGGGCAACAUCGGGGAAACCGUGGGAGUGGUGGUUUGGCGGGCGGAAAAUGAAGAUAACCCUGUAUCUAUGAAUUGCCAAUAUGUCUGGGUCUGGAAGAUUGCAACUUGUCAUGCUGUUUUGGGACUCGAAAAAAAUUUGUAUUGCAUGACCAGCAAGAGGGGUCCAGUUUGUGCUACACGGACAGGGCAUUUCUCAUGCGGAAGGUGCAUCAGGAAGGGUUCUAAAAGUCUGUAAUGCUAGGGCAUACAUCACAGACUAUCGUGGGUCAUGGAAAACCUGCAUGACAAGCCUGGCAUUCGUCCCGACCCAGACACUUUUGCAUUUGAUAGUAUCAGGACGACGGUGUUGAGCCGCGGCACGAUCCGGCGCUUCUCAGUUCGCUCUUGCUCCGCUGCGAUGCGGACACCGCGUCGCACAACUUUCUGAAGCAAGCCGUUGCGGCCCUCGGAAUCGGUUACGGGAAGUUCCUGCACUCGUUCAUCCCGGGCCAAGCGGCCAAGGUGGCCAUGAUUCCAGCUCAGCUCGCCGGAGGGCAAGUGGGCGUGUGGACAGCGCUCAACUCGGGACUCUACGGUCUCAUCCAUGGUACGAAAGCCCUCUUCGACCGAUCGUCGUGGCUGCGAAACACUACCAACAAGUACGUGUGGCCCUACCUGUUCCCCCACCGCAACUUUACCAAUCUUACUUCGCCGGAGUAGAAGGUUCAGGAGGUGGAAAAUGAAUCCGGAGGCGGGUCAGAUCCGUGAUGGCCGCUCUACUGCUUCUUUUUAUCCAUAAUGCAGACGCUGUCUACGCUCUUUAUUUCGAUACUGGGAUUUUUCCUUUUCAUCCUUGUCCAUUACACUUUACCGCUAAGCAAACUGAAUAUCUACAACUUCUCUUGACUGAAUUUUUUGUGCUAGGUACUUUUACAGACUUGAAUCGACGAAGACGAACUCACUGACAUGCUACAGCUUUCGCUAGCUUUUUUGUGCCUGCUUAUAUCAGAAUACUCUACAUGUAAAAUUAAUUUUGACACAGGAACAGCAAAGGCAAGUCUAAAACUAAAUUGAAACCUAAUAUUGACACCAUCAGAAAAUAUCACGGUUUUGCACG